GGGAUAAGACAGUUAAGACUAAUUCAGAGGGCCAGGCAGCAUAUUUAGCAUCCAUUUUUUAAGAUACAAUUUACUUGUUUGUGGGUCUACAUGCAAAGAUUUAGAUUUUGGUGCCUUUCAAUAAAUCCUGUUGUCGACAAAAUUGACAGAUAAUAACACACUUUUGCACUUGCUAAACAAUUAUGUAAGACUGAGACUAAGAAUAUAAGGCUGGAUCUUCUCUUUCUCCAGGGUUUCUACUGUGACAUUAUGUAAAUUGCAGGACAUCUCAUUGAACUUUACCUGUAUAUGCUAAAGCCAGUUCAAUAAAUGCAUAAAUAGUACAUUUCAGCUAUUUCCCUUAUCCAUGUUUUAGCCAUCUUCAGUGAGUUAGCUGCCGUUCAGUAGGGGUGUGUGAGAAGCAGCAGCUGUUCGCAUCAAUUUUGGCAUUAGAUUAUAUUCAAACUGUUCAUUAGCCAUCAUGCCUACUGUGAUGUCGGAACUUCUGUGUUGGCAUAUUAUACAGUUUGACAUGUGUUUGGCUGCUUGAAGUUCUCUUCUGGAUUGUUGCCUGCAAUGUGGUGACAUGAUGAACAAAGGGAAAGCUAGCACUUUACCUGAUUAAGAUAAACCACGGCCACCAUCAUCAAGCCCUUCCAGUAUUUCUCGUCGUACCCCUUCACUAGACAUACUUGCUGCUCCAUACCUUGCUGGGCAAUGGCCUCGUGAUAAUCAUGGGCAAGUCACACCUUGUAUGAGGGAUAAAGCCACACAGACUGAGAGUGCUUGGGCUGAAGAAUACUUGGAAAAGAAAAAGGGAUCUCAUAAGCGCUCGGCAUCUUGGGGCAGCACAGACCAACUCAAAGAGAUUGCCAAGUUACGCCAGCAACUGCAAAGAAGCAAACAUAGCAGCAGACACCAUCGAGAUAAAGAAAGACAAUCUCCAUUUCAUGGUAAUCAUGCAGCUAUUAACCAGUGCCAGGCUCCGGUCCCAAAGAGCAUGCUGGUUCCUGUGAUACCAAUAGCUAAGUCAACAGGAUCCCGUUUCCGUAAUAGCAUAGAAGGGCUGAAUCAGGAGAUUGAAAUAAUCAUAAAGGAGACUGGAGAGAAAGAGGAACAACUUAUUCCACAAGAUAUUCCAGACGGGCAUCGAGCUCCACCUCCUUUGGUGCAGCGUAGCAGCAGCACUCGCAGCAUUGAUACACAAACUCCGGGUGGGGCAGAGAAAGGCAGUAACAACAGCAGCCGAUCUCAGUCUAUUUCCCCAAGCUCCUUCCUUGCUAUCUCCAAUGAGGGCAGUGAGGAGAGCCCCUGCUCUGCUGAUGACCUGCUUAUGGACCCCAGAGAUAAAGAGAAUGGAAGUAAUUCUCCUCUGCCCAAAUAUGCUACAUCACCAAAACCCAACAACAGCUAUAUGUUCAAACGUGAACCUCCUGAGGGCUGUGAGAAAGUGAAAGUGUUUGAGGAAAGCUUGCCAAAACCCUUGCAUGAAAUUCCAGCCUUUUAUUGUCCUGACAAGAAUAAAGUAAACUUUAUUCCUAAAAGUGGCUCUGCUUUCUGCCUCGUCAGCAUUCUCAAGCCACUUCUUCCCACGCAAGAUCUUACGCUCAAAGGUGCUACUCAUAAUCUGACCGUCACAACUGGUAUGACGCCCACUCUGCUCCAACCUCUUUCUGUGGCCUCCCUUUCAGCAAACACAGACCAAGAGCGGCUCUCUCGUGGAACAAGCAAAAUAAUAUCACAGAUGUCUAUGCUCCAGCAGUCAGGACAUAGUGAAGAAACUGAAGGAUAAACUCAGCCUAGCUAAUCUGGGGGGAGAAUUUUAUGGAAACAACUGUGAUUAAACCUUCCAGGUCACAUCUCUUUGUAUCAUAAUAGCUGACAAUUCCAUAAACAGGUCAUAGGUAGUAUCUUAUACACCAUGCCAUGAAUGUCAGCCUCCUGUGAGAUCUAGGGAAAAGGGGCAGCAGAGAGCCUGCUGCGCUUGUCUUGGGAUCGCUCCAGUUCAGACUCUGGGCGUCCAGCUUUGGUUCAAUAAAGAAGGGAGAUCUCCAUAAUUCCUCACAACUGGAGGGACCAAUUUCUUUUGAUACUUUGUGUUUCCGUGUAGACUUUGAGUUUGAACAAUGAAAAAGACAUCCCAACUUUUCUUAACAGAAUAUCUGUUUUCAGGAGAAAAAAAAGGAAACCAUUAAUUCAUAUGAAAAUAGUAUUUACAAAUGUGGGUUUUUUUAAUUUCAGAUCAUCGGGAUAAUUGCACUUUUCUUGCUACAGCUUUUUCACUGGGGACCAACGGAUUGACACUUUUCAGUAUUCUGUCAUGAAACCAGCUGAUUUUGCUCCUUUUCCCAGAUUAGUGUAACAUCAUUCAGACAAAGAAGAAAAGCAAUAUUGUCACAUGCUGAAUGGGGUUGGGAGGGGGAGAAAGCAUGGAAUUUCUUGUCUGAAAAUAGCAUUUUAGUGCACUUCAGCCAAUCAUGUCAUGAUUUAUUCCUAAUGUUGUAUUUCAGGACAUAUUUCCAUCCUCUUUCCCCAGAACGCCAACUAACUGUCACAACGGUGCCUCUUGGGACAACUUAGUUUCUUGUGUUACUGUCAAAAUCUUGAAUUGCCUUUGGCAUAUAUACCUGAUUCUAUCAUGUCUUGCCACUAUACUAUAUAAACCCUGUAGUCAUAUGAUCUUAAAAGGGCCAUGCAUGCAUGGUGGUUUUUGCUUGUCAAAGUACUGUUUUGUGGGUCUGUGGAGGGUAAUAGUUUGUCAGGCAUGAUAUUGUUGAAGCAAUUUAUUUCAAUGGACAUGUCUCCUUUUGGAGUAGCAAUAUUGUUAGGGUGUUAAGCUAAGAAUCUUUUUAUGCUUUCAUUGAUGUGGCCCAUUUCAUUUUUAGUGCUUUUUAAAAAAAAUGAACUGUACUUAUGUAAGAAUUGAAAAUAGGAAGAAGUUUCUGUUGUUACAUUUGCUUGUGAAAGGGUCUGAACUAAUAUGGAUAGAAAAGUGUAUUUACCAAACUGAUUAAAUGGCACGAGGUAGAGCAGCUGGGGGAUAGUUAGAGAGAAGUUACAUUUAGAAAGCAAUAUAGUCUGGUAUCUUUAAGUAAACAAAAGUAUCAUAGCAGUGUAACCUAUUCGAGACUGGCAGAUAAACAGAUAUAGCAACAUCAGCAUGGUUUUGAUGCACAGUUGUUAAUUGGAAAUGGACCACAUCCACCUCAAGUGGAUCUUCUAUUUUUGGCUGCCUUAGGAACAUAAUGUUUUUAAUGAUUAUUCCUACAUUGUUUGGCCUCUUGGUUCAUGUUAAAAUUAAUCAACUGAGUAAAAACUUGCAUUUGUCCUACCCAGUUAGGAGACUGGCUUGUCCACUUGACAACAUAGGUUCUGACGCAGAAAUGUUAAUGCUAUAAUAUAACUUAGUUUUUAAGGUACCAAAACACUUCAUUGCAUUUGCUGCAACAGAAGCCCUGUUCAGGCAUUUCCUGAAUGCAUGAAGAGCGUGGAGGGGAGAAAGAAAACUGCACUUACAAAGCUCCCCACCAACUUCUCUCCAGCCUGACAUACCAGUAGGAGCUCUGAAAGGUAGCCGGCCUUGCAUGCAAGAUCACAAGUAUGUUAAUGUGAUUCUGCAUUCUGCUGUAGUCCACUCCCAAAGUGGAUGAGGAGCAGCAUUUGUCUUUGUAGUACAUGAAUGUGAGCAGAGCUCUUCUUCAGACCUCUUUCCUGAACAUACGGAGGCUUGAGAGAGUGGAGGUGAUGCUAUCUGUGCAGGUCUGUUUUCUCUUCACAGGUCCAAGCAAAUGCUUGAAGGGGGCUAGACAGACAACACUAACCCUUUGGAAGUCUUUUUAAAGUAUUAUUUGAUUGCUGUUGUACUUUGUUCCUAUACUGUAUUGUUUUAAUCUUUGUUUCUAUUUCAUUUUGUAUUCAGAUAUUUUAGCAGAGCAAAAUAGUCUUACCCCCAUCCCACAGUCUUAAACAUGAUGGUCAUCCUAGCAUUUUAGAUUGACUGUAUGAAACAUUUAUAUUGGGAGAGCGAAGUAUUUCUUACUUGACUUAAUUGUAUUUUCAUUUCAGUUUGAAGCAGAUAUAGGUGGUGUGAGAGAAUAGUAUCUUGCAAAAAAAAAAAAGUCAUUGCUCAAACAAUGUGAUACCCCUUUUACUGCAAGGCACAUAUGUGCAUUCUUAAAAUGUUUACUGCUCUGGCUUUCUGAAACAGGAGAGCUGGAUUAUAUUUGUGCACAAAGGAUAUCUGCACUUUAUUUAAAUCCAGUCUUGUUUCACGUUAAGGAGCAGCUUAGAAUUGCCAGACUGUGGGGAGGAUUUGUGGAAAUACUGAAGGGCCAAAUUGCAAUUAGGAAUAUUAAAUAAAGAGUGGGUCUUUGAACCUACAACACUUUGUUUUCAUGAAUCUGUGUAAGAUGUGUUUAAGUUAUGUAUAUUGAAACCUUUUAGACGUGCUUUUUCACUGCCCUCAUUGAUCCCAGAACAAAUGUUAACAGUAAAUGACUCUCAAGACAUUUGAGGCUGGCCUUCAAAUGCACAUUAAAAAACAGACACUUCAACUUUUAUUAAGAUAACAGACUUUAUUUAGCCCCUGUGAUUGUAAUAAUUUGAGGAUUUGUAUACCAUAACCUGCAAGGGCUUGAGUAAAACAUUUCCACUUUUAUGCAGUGAGAGAACUCAACUGAUUUACAGCCAUAAGAUGUUAGCUCAUAGCAAGUAAUGACUGAAAUAAACAAUGCUCACUAUCCUUUAGAACACUUUUUAUGUUUCUUCAAACCUCAUAUUAGCUGUCUGUGUUGUAGGUCAAUCUUCUGUGUUAUCUGAGCAAUUAAGCUAAUGAUUUCGAGAGAGGUAGAAAUUAUAAAGUUCAAGAAGGAAAUUGUAAAAACAAGGCAGAGAUCUUGGAUACUUUUCCACAGUCUGAUGAGUUGUACUUCCAACCCAUCUGGAGAGCUUGAAGUAUUCCUCUGUCUUCCAAAUGGAGCUAAAGAAUUUGGAAGAUUGUUGAGAAGCAGUUUCCAGGAUUUUGUUCUAUUUUCUGAAGCCAAUCAGAAGUAGGUUUGAGAAAGAAGAUGGUUUCUUUGCAUUUUAUGAUCAAUGGUUAAUAGUUCAUGAGGGCUAUUUUUUAAAAAACAUAUUGAGAAAGGAGAAUUCCUCUUACUCCUAAAGACAAUAAAGUGGAACUGGGUGUUUUUCAUGUUUCCUUGCCUUUUGAUCUGUUUUGUCCUAGAGCUACCAGUAUUCCUCCUUACGCCCUACUUCCACCACUGUUUCUUCCAGUCAUAGGGGAGCACAUUUCAUAUUCACCCAACAUACAGAGAAGCAGCAACAUUGGAGAGAGAGAAGAAAAACUGGGAAACUGAAGGAAAACAAAAUAGAUUACCCAAAGAUGAGGAUGGGGUUCAGAUGGCAAAAUGAGUAAGAUUCAUGGAACAACCCAUGAUAGAUGAGAGACUUCUUUCUUUAUUGCUGUGCCUCUUUGCAAGUUUAACUUGGUCAGCUGAAAGUACAUACUACAAAAAUUGCAAGUUUUUGGAGUUAAAAAUCCAGGAAAAAGGGACAGAAAAAUAAAGGCUUGUUUGACAUUGUUAUACUCCUACUUGGAAAGUCGACUGCUGACCUGCAGAUUGAAUCCUGUUAAGAACAGAAGUGAUCUUACGGCAAGGAUCCUUAAAGUUUUUCAGAAAAGAAGCAAUAGUUGUUGCUCCUAUAUUUGGAAAUAAAAAUUACAGCAUUGUAAAGUAAUUGUUAUGUGAAGAUACUAAAAAUCCCAUGACUUCAACUGAUUUGUAGUCAUGUUCAGUGCAGCAUAUACAGAGGAAAUUUAUUAUUUAAGAACUGGGUCUCUGAAUAAUACAUAUUUUCUGACUAUUUUCUACACAUCAGUCAUAAAAGAUAACAGCAACAGGGAUAAGUCUUGCCAGAUCAAAAUUCAUGUAUAGACCUGCUCUGGAGUGUAGUAUGUAAUUUAUUUCCCUCACCAACAGAAUAAACCGUUUCCAUCCCUUGAUACUACUUCAUACACCCCAAGAAUAUUCUGUUUAUAAUUUAGAGUAAAAGUUUGAUGUAUAUUAUUGUAUCUGUUGCAAGGAGGGUCAGAAGUCCAUUCUUUUUUCCCUUUUUUUUUCCUUCUCUGC